AUGAGUACACCAGCAUACUACGAACUAUAUAGAAGGUCAACCAUAGGAGUAACCCUAGCCGAUGCUCUCGACACAUUAAUUUCCGAUGAAAAAAUCCAACCACAAUUGGCUAAUCGUAUUUUAAACAAUUUCGAUCGAAUAAUUGCUGAAAAUUUGAAAAAUGAACUGAAUAUAGCCAAGCUGAAAUUAACAUUUAAGGGUGAUUUGGAUACGUAUCGAUUUUGUGAUGACGUAUGGACUUUUAUUAUUAAAAAUGUGUUGGUCAAGAUGACGGAUUUAAGUGGGUCUACUACUGGAUCGAGUGGUGGGAGUGAUGGCGAUUUGGAGCUUCAUGUUGAUAAAUUCAAGAUUGUUGCUUGUAAUGCGAGAAAAGCUGGUGAGCCAUAA